CGCUAGGCGCUACGCCUUUGGAUUACGGUCUGUGUUGUGUCUCGCUUCUGAUUGGCUUGUGUUCUGUUAGUGGGCGCGGCAUAGCACGUGCUGCACAGUGUUACACACUGUUGAAUAGGCUCCACGUUUUACGAUCGAGCUGCGCCGAUCACUUGUUGAUUUCUGUUCUCCAGACUUUCAACAUUAUUAAAAGUCAGCGAUUACGGUGCGACGUUUUGUGUUUCCGCAUAGCUCGCGACCCAGAUCGUGUCGCUCACUCCACGGGAUAGAUUCCGUUUCUGUCUCCGUCUGUGGAUCCAUCCUGGAUCUACCAUUAGAUGGUAGCAGAGCCGACAGCGGUUCUCUGAUUUGAUCUGAUUUUUGCCAGGCAAAGUUGGCCUGUUAUUUGAUGUGAUAUCUGACCAGUAAGGCACAGGUCCUUUGAAAAGCAAAGCGCACACCACAAGCGGUGAACUGCCUCAUCUGACGGGGAUUUCCAGCUCUGGUUUUCGGUACAGCGUCUUCAGCGAAGACCUGUGCUGUUUCCUCAGCUGAGCAAGAGUCCAAGAGUUCAGUCGUCAGCGUUCCUCGGUGUAGAGUCUUCAGCGAAGACCUACACUGGUGUCGCUGAUACUCGGCAAGGAUUCAGCGAAUCCUAAGCCGUGGGCCACAAGCGGCGAAGCGCUAAAAGGGGCGCACGGGAAAAGACAGAUCAGACUCCUCCAAACUGGAGUAGAGCACCACUACUGUUGCUACGGCAGUCAGCCGGCACAGUAGCAUACAAAAAAGCGGGCGGCACAACCGCUACGGAAAAGCGGCAGCGCGGGAACGGACGGUGGAGAAGAAUUGGAUCAUCUGGAUCACUUUCCCGUGGAACGGACGGUUAACAGAUUGAAGAAGAAAGAUGGCACAAAAAGGUCAAGCCACUCCUAAACGUUCGGGAAUGGCGGCAGACAUCGAUCAGUUUACGGGCUAUAAUUCAAAGUGUCCGGACUGCUGAAGGAACAACAAAAAGGUUGAUAAGAAAUUUCCUUGCUACACUUGUAUUCACAAGCUGGAUGACCCGCAUAUGGUUUCACUCGUUGGGGUCUCGGAAGCCAAACGUGGGAACUUGGACGUUUUUCGAAAUCUCAUAAGCGCAAGAAACUACGGCAGCAUCCCAGUAGAAGAGCGAAUGCUAUUCGAAGAUCGUUAUCGAGAAGCGAUCCGGAACAAUGAACCUGGUUGGGAUGACACCUUGGAGCCGUUGAAAUGUCCACAAACAGACGCAUAUCGGAAGAAGUUCGAAGAAGACCAAGCGAAGAUGCGAGCUCAGCAGAUGGAAGACGAAAUCCGCGCGAAGAUUAAUGCGGAAAAUAAGAGAGCAAGUGAACAGGCUGCACGAGAGGGGUUGCCCAGUACGUCGAGUUCAACCGGACCCACAGCCAGCCUAAACGAAGAAGAAGUGCAGCUGACACGUCAGUCCCUCAUCAUACAAAUCGAAACGUUAACGAAAGAUCCAGCUGCUAUGCCAGACGAGUUAUUCAAAACGCUGUUGCGGGAGAAGAAACGACUGCAAGACGGGUUCGCGCCGGCACCAUACAUAAAGAAGGAAGUGGAAAGACGUAUGGAUGAAUUACGUAAAUCUCGCCGAACCGAAAGCGAUGUGCUGCAAGCACUCAGAAGCUUCAAACGGGACGAAGGCUUCAUACGACCACGGUCGCCUCCGCAUAGAGAAAGGUCACGCGGACAUUCACGAGAACAUGAGCGGACUUCUGAACGACAGAGAGAAAGGUCACGCGAACACUCUCGUGAAAGAACACGUGACUACCGCAACGAAAGGUCACGCGAACGUUCUCGCGAUAGAGAUUACCGCGGCGGAAGAGGAUGGGUGCGCCAUGGAGACGAAGUUACAGAAAUGAGUAUUCAAAGGAAAAUCGAUACGGCGAAGAUUUUGGCGGCGACGAGAGGACGUGAAGAAAAACGGCGUGCGGAGACAUUCCGUACAGAACCUGAAAAGCAAGGGCAUCAGGUGCCGAUGGGAGUUGCAUUCCGGAAUCGCAAUGUCAGAAUGUCAACACCUGAAAGGUCAUGGGAUAAAAGACGCGAACACACGCGGAAUCGAACGCCCGACCCACAGGAUAAAAGUUGGCAACAGAGAGCUGCAUUUUAUGCGACCUUUGACUCGGGUGCAAGCAAAAGGUCAUCAAGCGCAGAGCGGGAAGAUUCACCCCAAAGUAUCAGCGGGUGGAGUCAAUGGUUCACGUAGUGGAUCCAAUUGUGAGUGUCGUACAAGAGGACGAUGCGAUGGAAGGGACUAGUUCAGUUAUGGAAACCGCAUCUCAAGAAAACGUGACCCAUCGACGAAAUGUGAUUUUGGAUAGUGACCUUCAACCGGCUACACCGGCGAGUAAUGAACCGUCGCAGCCUGAGUCAGGAGAGCGACGUGAACUAGAAGGUCAACGUGAACCGGAUAAUCGUCAACAGGCUGAUCAGCGACAGAACUCCAGAUUCGAUAACCGACAACCGGAUACCAUCGAUAUGGAAUACAAUACGACUGAUAUUGAUGAGCAAACGGUCGAAAUUUGUCGAUACUUUGGACUCGAAUCGGACUCGGUUGAAGCCAACAAAAUCAGCACAAUUCUGAGACAGUUGAGCCAAUUCUUACUCGACUCGGGUUAUGCGAGAGAGAUUAAACAGGGAGUGGAACAAGGAACUUUCCGUCGAUUAUUUAUCCACCGCGAUUCGGUAAGGGACUGUUAUCUCCCUAUCCGACGGAAUGGGCUACACAGUUUGGUGGAUUUGAGUUUAUUGGAUGUACCGCUGGAUACAACUGACCCAAUCGGGAUGACACAAUUCUACUACGCAGAUUAUCCCGAACGACAAGAAUACGUGGCUCAGUUUGUUUUACGACAUGUGAAUCCAGCCUUUAAGUUGCUCGCAGCCAGAGCAUCGAUAGGAUUACAAGUGGAUCCUACAGAUUAUGCCGCAAAAGAAUGGGGCAAAAGGUCUUCGCUGCGAGACUGGCGCAUUAUAAGACGCAGAACCAAUUGGUAUCUAAUACCAUGAGAGAUGACAUUCCACCAUUUUUCCGAGCUCAUGUCGCUAAAUUGGGACAACCAAUGGAACAUAUCAGCAUAGCGCACACAGCUCGAAAGGCGCUGAAGAAGUGUAAGACACGGAUGGAAAAGGGCAAUUUGACACAGCGUCAUGCAUCCCAAGUCGAAGAAAGGAUCAAUAAGAUCAAAGAUUCUCUAGGAAGCGACUAUGUUGAACCGGUGGACGGCAUCGAAACCUACAUCGAUGAAUUCCUGGUGAAGAAAAGCGACCGUCGUCCAGAACGUGCUCCUAACCAGAUGGGACGACGCGGUAUACGGAACCAGCAACUCCGAGAUAAUCUCGCUGACGUACAACGGCGACUGGCAGCUGACCCUAAUAACCGGAGACUGCGGUUAGAGGAGAACGACGCACGGCACCAACUUGAGAGAGUCAAGCGAAGCCGCCAAGGGAAAGGUCGUGGCCAGCGCGAAGUUGACCCGGCAAAGGUCAUGGAAGUUGAUUCAACGGAACCAAUUGACCGGACAUCUGAUCGUAAUCAACCCGAAAGCGCUAAGAAGCGUCCACCAAGAGAUGGCGAGGGCGAUUCAAAUGAAAUGGAAUAGUGCUGAUCGUUAGGAUCACACUAUUAAAAGGACGUCUACGGCACUUUGUCGGUACGUCACAAAGAUGAAAAUGGUGUUGUAUAAAGGGCGCGACAUGUGACAUAUUAAUAUUAACUGUAUUUGUGUAUUUGUUGUUUGCAGCGUUUAUAGCACAGAAUUGCCUAAAGAAAUCAUGUGGAAUCCUAUUGGGGUUGAAUUUGAUUCGGUUUAUAAAGCCGGCCCCAAGGGAGUUGCUACGGCAGUUAGCCGGCUCUCCCCUCUAAGCGACUCAGUGUUAUAAAUGCACAAGAGAAACUACGGUAAUCAAGCCGGAUCUCUUGAAUACGAAACGGGGCCACAAGCGGUGAAAAAGAGAAAGACAACAGGUGGAAUACUGAUGAAGUUAACUUAAUGCGGCAACCAGCCGGCCUCAUUAGAGUUGUUACGGUAAAACUGUGCCGGCACUCUCCUUAAGCGAUUCAGUAUUACAAUUGAAACGAGAAAAACUACGGUAAUCGAGCCGGAUUUCUCGUAAUAAUACUAGCCACAAGCGGCGAACAAGAGCUAAAGAUUAAAUGUGGAAAUUUCAUGGGGUAAACUCAAUGCGGUAACCAGCCGGCCCCAUCGGAGAUGCUACGGUAAACUUGCCGGCACUCUGGCCGUUCGAGGCAUGUUGAAGUUGGAUGUGCGACGCAAAGGUCAAACCGAAAAGUCUUACCAGGGAGGCAAGCAACGAAGUGCUUGAAAGCCGCAGAAAAUUGGCUAAGUUCCUCCAUGACCUUUAAUGGAAGUUUUGAAGAGUUGGAUGACCUUUGGGAUCAUUACCGCCCAACAGAGUCACCGCAUCGAAAACCAAGUCGCAUGACCUUUUGGGACCAUUAACCCGAACGUGUCGCACAUCUCAACGGAUCAUCUUCAUAUGGGAUGACCUUUACCAGGGAGGAAGCGAACUACGCUUGUCUACAUGACGUCCUCCAUGACCUUUAUGGAUCUCAUUUUGAAGUCGUACAAUUGAUACGCACCAUAUUCCAAAGAUGAAGCAGUAUUCCUAAGUCGUACUUGAUACGCACCUGAUUCUCAAGCGGAUUGUGAUGAAGUCGCAUUACGGAUGCGCAGGAUUGCUCAACAGAGCGGAAUGGGCCAAAGUGCAGAAAACGGUGGACAGGACCUGUGACCUUUACGAGUCAGAAAUGGAGGAUCCUAGUCUACAUUUGAUUAAUACUUUUGUUGAUCUUAUAACUGUUGAUCUGUUUUAUGAUAGUAUUUUUGUAAUUGGAUCUCUUUAUUCACAUCGUGUUAAAUGGAAUUGUGCCUUAUGGAAUUGAUGUGAUAUGAUAAAUGGAAUAAGAGAAUUUGAUGUUUUCGAGCACACAGACACCGGCGACCGUCUUUUCGUGGAUUCGGGAGUGUGUCCAGCCUCACAGGAGCUCGGCAUCCCCCCAGAGGCAUGUGAGACGAGGCUUCACUAGCGUUCACGCCCGUGGCGCUAGGCGCUACGCCUUUGGAUUACGGUCUGUGUUGUGUCUCGCUUCUGAUUGGCUUGUGUUCUGUUAGUGGGCGCGGCAUAGCACGUGCUGCACAGUGUUACACACUGUUGAAUAGGCUCCACGUUUUACGAUCGAGCU